CCGGUACCGGGCAGGAUAAGUCCGGAUGGUCCUUGGCGUUCCGUGGGGUCUUGGUACCGGGAAGAACCGUCCUUGACGUUCGGGACACCCUCGGUACCGGGCAGGAAGGUCCUUGGAACAGAGAGGGAUGCCGGUACCGGGAAGCCAUGGAGGUGCAGUCCUACUACACCAAACUGCUGGGGGAGCUGAACGAGCAGCGCAAGCGGGACUUCUUCUGCGACUGCAGCAUCAUCGUGGAGGGCCGGAUCUUCAAGGCGCACAAGAACAUCCUGUUCGCCAACAGCGGCUACUUCCGAGCGCUGCUCAUCCACUACAUCCAGGACAGCGGCCGCCACAGCACCGCCUCCCUGGACAUCGUCACCUCCGAGGCCUUCUCCGUCAUCCUGGACUUCCUGUACUCCGGGAAGCUCGACCUGUGCGGGGAGAACGUGAUCGAGGUGAUGUCGGCCGCCAGCUACCUGCAGAUGACCGACGUGGUCAACUUCUGCAAGACCUACAUCAGGUCCUCCCUGGACAUCUGCAGGAAGAUCGAGCGGGAGGCGGCUUUCUACCAGGCGGACAGCGGGAGCUCCGCCAGGGAGGGCACGUCCCUCGGCCCCCGGGGACAGUGCCCUGCCCCUGGCUCGUCCCUGCAGGAUAAGGAAGGGGUCUCGGGCUGCCAGCGGGACCCCCCGUGCGGGGACUGCAGCAGCUGCCACCCCCUGGAGCUGGUGGUGAGGGACCCCCUGGGCGACUCCCAGGACGGGGUGAACUCCUCGCUGCCCAGGGGGGUGGAACCCAAGGUGGAGUUCGACCCCGACGACGACGGGGAGGUGGAGGUGGGCGAGAGGCUGCCCCAGUAUCCCGCCCCGCUGUCCCUGGAGCACAUGGAGGAGGGGCAGCCCGUGGACCUGGCCUGCAACAACUACCACAUGAAGCAGUUCCUGGAGGCCCUGCUGCGCAACAGCUCGGCCCAGAGGAAGGAGGACGUGGUGCAGCACUUUGUGAGGGGGUUUGAGGGCAGGACGGAGGACGCAGGGGUGGCCAUGAGCUCCAUGGUGGACAUUCACAGCGACUGGUAUGGUGAGGACACAGGUGACGUGCUGGUCGUGCCAAUCAAGCUGCACAAGUGCCCUUUCUGCCCUUACACGGCCAAGCAGAAGGGGAUCCUGAAGAGGCACAUCCGCUCCCACACCGGGGAGAGGCCCUACCCCUGUGAGACCUGCGGGAAGCGCUUCACCCGCCAGGAGCACCUCCGGAGCCACGCCCUGAGCGUUCACCGCUCCAACAAGCCCAUCAUCUGCAAGGGCUGCAGGAGGACCUUCACCAACAGCCUGUCCCCGGGGCUGCGGCGCUUCGGGCUCUGCGACAGCUGCACGUGCGUCACCACCACCCACGAGGACUCCGUGCCCAUCAACCUCAGCCUCGUGGAAACGGCCUCUGAGGGCCAGGAGAAGGGGGAUGCCGACGGCGACUGGCCCAUCUACGUGGAAUCCGGGGAGGAGAACGACCCGGCCGACGAGGAGGAGGAGGAGGAGGGGGAUGACAAGCAGGAGAUCCACAGGAGUUUGUCGGACAGGGAAGCGCUGAUGUAGCAGUGGGAGGGGAGAGGGAGCACUGGGAGCCUCCCCUGGCAGCAACAGAAAACUGCACGUUUGCCCCAUUUAGUGACACUGUGCUGGUUUUUAUU